GCUUGAACGUAGCAGAAGGCUGCUGGUGACGGAGCAAGGAUAGAAGACGGGGAGCUACCAGCAUCGUCUCAGACCGUCGCAGGACAGAAAGCUCCGUGUCAGCGGAGAUAUGGAGACACCGGGGAGAAUAGCAGCCUCACCGGACGCCCUGGACUUCACGGUGGAAAACGUGGAGAAGGCCCUCCACCAGUUGUACUAUGAUCCUAAUAUAGAAAACAAGAAUCUGGCCCAGAAAUGGCUAAUGCAGGCUCAGGUUUCGCCUCAGGCCUGGCAGUUUUGCUGGGCCCUCUUGAGCCCAGAUAAGGUGCCAGAGAUCCAGUACUUUGGUGCUAGCGCACUUCACACCAAGAUCUCUCGGUACUGGUCAGACAUCCCCACAGACCAGUAUGAUUCUCUGAAGAGCCAGCUGUUCUCCCAGAUUGCCUGCUUCUCCUCUGGCUCCAAGAUGGUGCUCACAAGGCUGUGUGUGGCACUGGCCUCUCUGGCACUCAACACCAUGCCUGAGGCCUGGCCUGGAGCAGUGGCAGAGAUGGUGCGGGUGUUUCAGGAGGAUGGGGGAGGAGUGGACGGGCGGGCACGCUGCCUUGCAUUGCUGGAACUGCUCACUGUCCUGCCUGAGGAGUUCCAGACCAGCCGCCUGCCACAGUACCGAAAAGGACAGGUUCGGGGAGCCCUGGGUCGUGAGUGGGGGUCGGUGUGUCCCUUACUGCAACAACUUCUGCGGAGGACGGACAGCCCGGGAGCCGUGAAAGCUCGCGUGCUACGCUGCCUGUCAUCGUGGGUGCUGCUAGAUGUGCCCCUGAGCGAGAGCGAAGGACUGGUGCACGACUGUUUCAGUGCCCUGCCUGACCCAGAGCUCUUUGACACAGCGGUAGAGGCAAUAGUCAAUGCUAUCUCACAACCCGACUCCCAAAGAUAUGUGAACACUUUGUUGAAACUGGUCCCUCAAGUGCUGGCACUCCAGGAGCAGCUCAGAGAGGCUGUUCAGAAUGGAGACAUGGAAACCUGCCACGGUAUCUGCCGGAUCGCUGUCACAUUGGGAGAAAACCACUCCAGGACUCUGUUGGAGCAGGUGGAUCACUGGCAGAGCUUCUUGGCGUUAGUCAACAUGAUCAUGUUUUGUACAGGCAUCCCCGGCCACUACCCAGUCAACGAGACCACCAGUUCCCUCACACUCACCUUUUGGUACACGUUACAAGAUGAGAUCAUGUCGUUUGAGUCAGACAAGCAGGCCGUGUAUCUGCAGGUCUACAGGCCAGUGUAUUUUCAGCUGGUGGAUGUCCUGCUGCACAAAGCACAGUUCCCCUCCGACCAGGAGUACGCAUCCUGGUCCUCAGAUGAAAAAGAGCAAUUCCGAAUCUACAGGGUGGAUAUCUCAGACACACUCAUGUACGUGUAUGAAAUGCUGGGAGCCGAGCUGCUGAGUAACCUGUAUGACAAACUGGGAAGAUUGUUGACUAAUGCAGAGCAGCCUACAUCAUGGCAGCACACAGAAGCUUUGCUGUACGGCUUCCAGUCCAUAGCAGAGACGAUAGAUGUGAAUUACUCUGACGUUAUCCCAGGCUUGAUAGGUCUCAUCCCCAGAAUUAACAUCAACAACGUGCAGUUAGCAGACACAGUGAUGUUCACAAUAGGCGCUCUGGCUGAAUGGUUGGCAGACCACCCAGUGAUGCUUAGCAGUGUCCUUCCCUUGGUGCUACAAGCUUUAGGAAACCCAGACCUUUCUGUGUCUUCUGUGUCAACCCUCAAGAAAAUCUGUAGGGAAUGCAAAUAUGACCUACCACCAUACGCAACCAACAUAGUAGCUGUCUCACAGGAGGUGCUUAUAAAGCAGAUACACAAGACAAGUCAGUGCAUGUGGCUCAUGCAGGCUCUCGGCUUCCUGCUCUCCGCUCUCCCUGUGGAAGACAUCUUAAGAAACCUUCACUCUCUCAUAACCCCCUACAUUCAGCAGCUGGAGAAACUAGCAGAUGAGACGCCUAAUCCUUCUAAUAAGUUAGCAAUCAUCCACAUCCUGGGACUGCUCUCCAACCUGUUCACUACGCUUGACAUUAGCAAGCAGGAUGACGAGUCAGCGGAAGGCUCAGCACCACCUGUCAAAACAGUCCCACCUCCACCAGGACCAAACCCGGUUGUGGUUGUUCUGCAACAAGUUUUUGCUCUCAUACAGACGGUACUCAGCAAGUGGCUCAAUGACUCACAGGUUGUAGAGGCGGUGUGUGCCAUCUUUGAGAAGUCAGUGAAGACUCUCCUCCAUGAUUUUGCUCCCAUGGUUUCUCAGCUGAGUGAGAUGCUUGGGCAGAUGUACAGUACAAUUCCCCAGGCUUCAGCCCUUGACCUCACCCGACAGAUGGUGCAUAUCUUUGCCAGUGAGACAGACCACUUCCCACCCAUCAAGGCUCUGUUUAGGCUGGUUACUUCGGUAACACUGUCCAUCUUCCAGCAAGGACCCAGGGAUCAUCCUGAUAUUGUUGAUUCAUUUAUGCAACUCCAAGCUCAGGCCCUCAAACGGAAGCCCGAUUUGUUCUUGUCUGAGAGCCUUGACGUGAAAGCAGUGUUCCACUGUGGAGUUCUGUCACUCAAAUUUCCCGAGGCUCCGACUGUCAAGUCAACGUGCUUGUUCUUUACUGAACUGUUACCCCACUGCUCAGACGUGCCUCCAUUAGCCAGAGUGGUGCAGGAGGACGGCAAGCUGUUGGUACAGGCCGUUCUGGAGGGCAUUGGGGGCGGGGCGUCUCGGAGUCUGAUGGACCAGUUUGCAGAAGUGCUGUUCUGUCUGAACAAGCAUUGCUUCGCUCUCCUCGCCGUGUGGUUGAAAGAGGCACUGCAGCCUCCAGGAUUCCCGUCAUCACGGGUCACGACUGAGCAGAAGGACAACUUUUCACAUCAGAUUCUCAGAGAACGAGUGAACAAGAGGCGGGUGAAGGAUAUAGUGAAGGAGUUUACACUACUGUGCAGAGGCCUCCAUGGUACGGAGUACGCAGCUGAGUACUAAAACUCUACCCUUGAACUUUCACCUAACCGUGACCUCUGUCUUCAGUGCAAAACAGCUGGAUGCCACAACAACACAGUUCUCUCCAACCCCUUCAGUGAAGAUAUAAUGAAAUGAUUGUAAUGUAACCGAACCCGCUGCAGAACAAGACAUGGAACCAUUCCAAUGCAGACCUGCCAUCAGAUUAAUGGACAGAUAUUAAAUCCACGGCUCUAGAGAGGCUAGUUUUUUUUUUCUGUUACGGUCUUGAUUGUUUCUCUCUCUCCCUCUCUGCCUCUCUGCUCUUACUUAAAGGUAUUUUUGUUGGAAAAGCUUUGAGGAGGAGCGCUGCCACAUGUAUCCUUCUGUCUCUGUCUUGUUCUGCCUUUCUAGAUCUUCCUGUGGUUCCUAGGUUGUUUCUGGUGAUUAGCAUCCAUAUGAAAUGGUAGUGGUAUCGUACGUAGCUACUUGACAUUAUUUUUCAAAAUGAAUCAAAUUAAUUAUAUAAAUGUAUAUGUAUACACAUAUAUUAAGACAGUGGUUUUCAGUCCUGCUGCUGCUAUAAAGGAAGGAGAGAUGGACCAAUUUUAAGAGGGCGUUCUGUAGGAAGACUGACACUGAUAUAAUAUUUAGUCCUACUCCUGCCCCUGUGGUCUCUGCAUUUGCCAAAUUAUUAUGAAUCUUUUUUGUUUGUUCGUUUUAAUAAAUGCCUUUUAUGGGAUUUGAAUGAAGAAAGAAAGCUGAAGACCACAUCAACUUGGACAGUCUUGCCCAGCCCACUGUGUACAGGGCUGUACCUCAUGUACAUACAGUUCCACCCAGUCAUAUUGCAGUCUCCUCAGGUUUGUAGAUAGCGGAUUACGCAGUAGUCCCUUAGGUAAAGCAGGGCUGCCUAGAGUGGCUGAAAGGAAAAUAUAUUGUAGUAGCUGUAAGAGGAGAACGCGGCUCAAGGUGGAAAUGAAGGGAACAAACUGUUUGGAGGGAUAAUAAUCCUGACGGUGGACUGCUUAGUCACUAAUUGUGCAAAAAUAUUAAUCAAGUUGUGCAUAUUAACAGUUAUUGCUGAACACUUAUGUUUAUUUGAGUGUAUGCGUGUGCUCAUAUGUAUGAGAGAGAGAGUGUGUGUGUGUGUGUGUGUGUGUGGGCACGCAAAGAUUAUAUCUUUUUCCACUUGUUUAGUGCACUUAUAUCGGACCUACAGUUCACAAUUUCCUCCCGUUUUUUAAACAAAGAGCCCAUUCAUUUCUUCAUACCGCUGUUAUUCAGGCUACUCUCUUCAUUAAAACUGACCGUGCACGUCCACUUUCACCUCUGCUGCUCACCAGCAACCACAUCCACCUAUUAAACCUUGUUUUCAUGUGGAGAAAUCAUUGCCCAGACUCAUCCAUCUAUCUGUUAUUGACACCAACUACUGCUCUUAACGAACUGCUUGCAAACAAGCUACCCAGAAUCCUUUUACCCAUCUGGGUCACUGCCUUGGAGAGGACCAAGAAGGAUUAGAGAGUUGAGUAACAAAAAGUAAGACCUCUGAGAAAGUUUUUGAAACCGACAUUCUGUGCUCCUCCGAUAUGCCUGAGACAUUAUUGGUGAAGUGAUGCGAGGGCUGUAAAAUACACUGUCUAGUGAAUCAGCACGACCAGCUGACAUCUAAUAACACUCAGCAUUGAAAUGUACUUUGUGGUCUCUGAUAAAACUAUCUCAGUCUAAUCCUUCUGUCUUAUCCGCGGUGCCUGCAGACAUGUAGCAUGUAUGUGUUUUGUGGGGAGGGGGGGGGUAGGGUUCGGGAGGAAAAAUGGUGUUUGAGAUGCUGCGGAGAGAUGUGAUUUGUGGAGUGAGACCGGAGGCAUGAAUCGGCUUUGGAGUGAGCUGUUCUGCUUCAGAGUCUGAUAUGAACUGUGACGUUGAACACAGAUCCUUAGUUUGUACUGUGGGCUUACACUGAGGUGAGAAAAGGAGCAAUGUUUGUCACAGUUUAAAGAAAGGCUUGUAGGAGGUGGAGGAGGGGAGGGAGGUAUGAAAUGUACUUGUUUUUUUUGUACCUUGGCUUUAAUUUAUUAAA